AUGGCGCCGCUCGGCCAGACGAUCGCCGUCAUUGACAAGUCUGGCAAGGUCGUCAGCACGAGCAAACAACUAUUUGGAGUCUUCAACCAAGCCAAGGCUGCUUAUAAAGAGCGCAAGGCCCACUUCAACUCGGAGCGAAAUGCCAAGAUUGCAGAACAGCAGGCCCUCAAGGCCCUGGCUACUUACCAGAUCGAUGACUCGCCGUCGGUAGCUUCCCGGCGCAGUCACCGCAGCAGGUCACAACAUCAUUCGAGUCGCAGUCAGCACCACCAAACCAGGUCACGCUAUGAACAGGACCUACAUUCUGCGACGGGAAGGCCCGAGUCUUAUCAUGGACCUGGCCAAGGUCUCCCCCGCCGCCAUACACACCACGAACUCACAGUUCGAGAAGCUGCUCGGCCAAUGACUGCUCGAUCCAAAUCAGAUGCCCAGAUCGACAUGGACUUGGCCUAUGGCGAAGCUCACCCUGCUGCCCUGUCGAGAUACAGCCCACCGGAACCCAACGUCGAUGAUCAGAAGCAACUCGAUGGCCUGGUGAGCCGUGCCCAGUGGCUGCUCGAAGAGGCCCACUGCGUGCAACACAGUGCUACUGCUACCAUCAGCCACCUCCAAAAGAACCCGGACGCCAUGGCUGCCGUUGCCCUGACCUUGGCGGAAAUCAGUAACCUAGCCAGUAAGAUGGCCCCCGCGGCGCUUUCUGCGUUUAAGUCGGCCGCGCCGACUAUCUUCGCCCUUUUAUCCAGCCCGCAAUUUCUCAUUGCCGCCGGACUCGGGCUUGGCGUGACUGUGGUCAUGUUUGGCGGCUACAAGAUCAUCAAGAAGAUCCAGUCAGGCAAUGCAGAGCGAGGAGAAGAAGAGUCCAUCAGAAUGGAGGAAAUGAUGGAACUGAACAUGGAAGCCGACAGCCGGGUCGAAAUGUGGCGACGCGGUGUGGCCGAUGUGAAAGCCGAAAGUGUCGGCACCUCUGUUGACGGCGAGUUCAUCACACCUCGGGCCGCAGCUAUGUCGGGCAUUGAUAUCUCGACCGCACGCGCGCAACGAGAUCCGCGAUUCAAAUUCGAUGACGGUGGCUCCGUCGCCUCAUCCCGUCGCUCACGUCGCUCACGCACUUCCCGAGCUCACACCACGGCCGAGUCUCGCAGUGGUCGCUCCCGGAGAGAGCCUGAGCCUGUUCCCGCUUCGAAAGCUCCCUCUGGGUUCUUUGUCCGAUCAUCCAAGGCGCCGACAAAGGCACCGAGUCGGGCAUCUAGUCGUGCACCGAGCAACGCACCAAGCAAAGCACCUUCUAAGGCUGGCACAAGCAUCUCUGAAAAGGAGAAGCGGCCCAAGGAGAAGAAGAAGAAAGGCCCGAGUCGCUUGCGACUCAUGUUUACCGCAUAA